UAUAAUGAAAUAUGAUGCGAUAAUUUUAUCAGUGAGGUGCCCAUACAGAUGAAGGUUAACACCGUUAUACGCUUGUACCACACGUAGCGGAUGGAAUCACUUUGUACUUGAGAAUAGUUCGUUGUACCGUUCGUUGGCUUGAGUAAAGUUGUUUUUGGUUCGCGUUCUAUAGGAAACAAAUUCAAUCAAGUAUUUUAUUGAAGAAUUUAAAGAAGCAUUUUGUAUCGCAAAAUGACAUCUGCUGUUUCGCAUCCUACUCCGAAGAGUACCAUCGAUAAAGAAAAGAAGCAAGCGUUUGUUGAAUUCACAAAUGGUUUGAAAUGUCCCCUUAUUGCUUUUGGAACGUGGAAGUUACUUAUUACUUGCACUUAUGCAAUUCACUUGAAUUGGACUGUGGGUAAAAUUGGUGGGCCCUGGCUUCUGUUUAACGAUGAUGAAUUGUGUCCCAUGGUAGCCUUAGGAACCUGGAAAUCCGAACCGGGUAAAGUUGCUCAAGCUGUGAAAGAUGCUAUAGACGUUGGUUACCGGCAUAUUGAUUGCGCUCACGUAUACGGAAAUGAAAAAGAAGUCGGCGACGCUCUCAAAGAGAAGUUGAACGAAGGAGUGUUGAAGAGAGAAGAUUUAUUUGUUACUAGCAAGCUAUGGAAUACUUUCCACAGAGAAGAUUUAGUCGAACCGGCGUUACAAACGACUCUGAAAGAUUUACAAUUGGAUUACUUGGAUUUGUACCUGAUUCAUUGGCCGAUGGCGUACAAGGAAGGAGAUACUCUAUUUCCGAAGGAUGAAAAUGAUCAAGUUCUCUACAGCGAUGCUCCGUUACUAGAAACGUGGAAAGCUAUGGAAAAAUUGGUCGAGAAAGGUCUGGUUAAAUCAAUCGGCGUAUCUAACUUUAACAGCAAACAAAUCGAAGACGUUUUAAAAAUCGCUAAAAUUCCUCCAGCUGUUAAUCAGGUCGAAUGUCAUCCGUAUUUGAACCAGGGAAAAUUACGUAGAUUUUUACACGACAGGAAUAUUACAAUGGCCGCUUACAGUCCGUUAGGAUCUCCCGAUAGACCUUGGGCUACGAAAGACGAUCCGAUUUUGUUAGAAGAUCCGAAAUUGGCCGAAAUUGCUAAAAAGUAUAACGUUAGCGUUGCUUCGAUUUGUCUUAGAUAUCAAAUUCAAAGAGGAAAUAUUGUUAUUCCUAAAUCUGUUACGAAAUCGCGUAUCCAGUCUAAUUACGAUUUGUUCGAGUAUCAAAUUUACGAAGAGGAAUGGGAGGAAAUUGAAAGCUUGAAUAAGGAUCUUCGUUAUUGCAGUCUUCAUUGGGCCAAAGACCAUAAGGAUUAUCCGUUUAGUAUCGAAUUCUAAUGUAUAGUAUUUGAUCAGCGUGUACAUAAUUAUAUUUCAUGAAUACUCUGUUAAUUUAUCAUUAAAAAGUACAAAGCAUUUAUAUGUAUACUUUCAACUUUUUAGAUUCAUAUGUUUCAUUUUGCAAUAAAAUAUCUCAAGUUUUCAUGUUA